UUUGAAGAAAAGAAUGGUAAUCCUAGAAAGAGGCAGUAAGGAAAAGAACAUCAAAGCAAAACUAGAGCCCAAUCUACCAAACCUUCCUGAAGAAAUCAUUCUCAACAUACUAUCAAGAUUACCCCUCAAAUCUCUCAUUCAAUUCACUUGUGUUUCAAAGCAAUGGGGUUCUUUGAUUCAAGGUUUUGCGAAAAGCGUUCAACGAAAAAAGGUUUUUGUUUGUAUUGACAAUUCAAUUAACUCCAUCGACGAAGAAGGUCACGUGGAAAGCAUUCUUGAACCAAAAGAAAAAUUCCCACCUCAUUUUAACCUUGAAAUCUUUGGUUCAUGUAAUGGGUUGUUGCUUAUACUGAUUUCCGAUGAUUUGUUUUUAUGGAAUCCGCUCACUAGGUGCUCGGAGAAAGUCAUGACAUCCGUGCAUCGCGGCUACUAUGCUGUUUCCGGGCUUUGCUUUGACUCCUCAAAUAAUGAGUACAAAGUUGUAAUGGCGAUUAUUCAUGAUAGCACAAAUUAUGGUGGUAAAUUCGUGAAGAUUGGUAGUUUUCGAAACAAAACUUGGACAUCAGUCUAUGAAUUCCCUUACCAUGUUUGUAGUAUGAUUUCGGGGCCUGUAGUGAAUGGAUAUCUACACUGGUUUGUGUUUAAGGAAAGUUCGGAUAACUUUCCAUCCCACCAAAUUAUUUACUUUGAUCCGCGGAUAGAUGAAUUCAAGGAGGUACCAAUGCCACAACCUAAGCAUGUUGAUGGAUAUACUAUACUUGGUUUGGGAGAUCUGAAUGGAUGCCUUUGUAUGUCUCGCUUCAAUCAUUCUUCAUGCAAUUUUGUUGGCAAUAAAGUUGAGGUAUUGGUUAUGAAGGAAUAUGGUAUGGAAAGUUCUUGGAUUGUUCUAUUUAGCAUAGAGUAUUUGAGUGGAAAAAUUUAUGAUUAUUUUGUGCCAUUGUGUUCUACAAAGAAUGAUGAAGUUAUAAUGAAAAUUUUCACAGGGUUGAAGGGGUAUAUAAGGGCGUACAAUCCUAAUGACAAUUCACAUAGGGAUAUUCUAAAUUUUACCCAUCGUUGCUCUCUUGAAGCAAUUAUGUAUGAGGAAAGUUUGGUUGUUCCGCCUGACUAUAAUUUUGAAAAGGAAGAAAGUGAAGGGAAAGAAUAG